GUCCCAUCUGACCGACUUGAAAAAGAUAGAGUUGGGUGUGAGCUGCUGUAUUAUUUUGCUCUCCAAUAUACAUUUUUCUUCUUCUUGCCUUAAUAUCUGCGCUAAAGUUUAGCAAAUUUUGUAUUGGACCAAAGUUGCGUAUUGCCAAUUUGGAUAGGAGACCAUGAUGAGAUCGUGAGUCACGAUGGCUGAUCAAGAAGGAACACCUCAAAAAAGUUUAGGGACGGACGUGGUAUCCCCUUCAAAAACUCUUUACUCUACCCCUUCAACGUCGACAUCAGGGUUUAAUUCUGGAAAUGACAUGAGUCCGCCUUGGGAUCAAGGUUGGCAACUUUUUAUUCCAGCAAGCAUACAAGACGGUUCAUCUCGUUUUGGCUUUAUUGAGAACGCUCUAUCAGAAGGAAAUGAACAAAAACUCAUAGAAGUAGAGGAACAAUGUAAAUCGUUGGUGAACGAGUGUGAGGAGGGUUCGGACGAGAGACGUUGGCUUGUCAGGCAACUGGUUGAAGUUCGCUUGAAAAUCCAGGAAAAGAAAGAUGAGGAUGUAAGUCUGAAGGCCACUGUGCGCCUUGUGCUAGGACACCAUAUGCAGCUGCAGGACAACAACCUGAACAACACCAAACUUCAGUGUGAUCGAUGCUGUGCUGCGAUUUGGGCCAUGAUUCAUUCUUGGUUCCGAUGCAUAGACUGUGAUUAUGUGUGCCACACGAGAUGUCUCUCGCUGAUAACCAGAGCCUGUGUUCACGUAGCUGUUAGUGAGAGACCGGAAUAUGAGUUGAGGAUAUGUCCUGAAGUGGGUUUGGCGUCCUCCCAAAGGUUCAAGUGUACAGAGUGCAACACACCUGUGACCUUCACGAUCCCACCAAUAGUUACCUGUUUUGGUCGGUAUACUCCUCAAGCCGAUCAAUCGUGGAGUGAACCACGGCUUUGCGAUUAUUCUGGAUUCUACUUUUGUCCCACUUGUCACUGGAAUACUAGUGCUAUCGUACCAGCACGAGUUGUGCACAACUGGGACUUUGAGCCUCGAAAAGUGUCAAGGGCGGCCCAACAGCUGCUCCGACUCAUGGCUGAAAAGCCAGUUUUGAUUUUGAAGGAUUUGAAUCCUAGAAUAUUUGGACUGGUUGAAGAGCUCAGCGUGGUGCAGGGUUUAAGAGAAAAUCUGCUGCAAAUGAAGAGAUACCUGAGCACUUGUGACAGUGCCAUAUCCGAGCACUUGAUGUGGCAACUUGGGAGUAGGCAACACUUUGUUGAGAACGCUCACUCAUACUCCAUGCAAGAUCUAAUUGACAUUAAUUCUGGAACGAUGCUACCAUUUGUCAACCAGAUUCAUGAUUCGUUUGCUAAGCACAUUAAAAAAGACUGCAAGGUUUGCCAUGGAAGGGGAUUUUUGUGUGAAUUCUGCCACGACCCAGAAGUUUUGUUUCCCUUUGACCCUGCAGUCUAUAGCUGUCCAAAUUGUUUAUUUGCAUUCCACAACUCAUGUUGGCUGGAAAAGGGAAAUGAUGAGUGUCCACGAUGUCUGCGCAUCAAACAGAGACAUAGCAGGCUAUCAAUUUCUCAAGAAGACGAUUUCAGCUAGUCUACAACAUCGUUCCAUUACAUGAAUUCAUUUUUUUCGCCAAGGUCUGUGAUCAAAUCAUUUUUUAAUUGUGAACAGCUGUGCGUUGCAACACACAAAUAAUAUUUACAAUUAGCACUGGAACACACUGGAAUUUCCAUUUACACCAAAUAACGAUGUAUUAGCUUGAUUUAAAUAAAAUAAAACACAAGAUCAAAUAAUACAAUCAA